UUAUUAUGUUUUUUUUUCUUAUUUGUCAGCCCAUUUGAAGUGAUUUUGUUAUGUUUGUUUCUGGGCAUUUGAUUGUGUUAUUGGAUUGAGAAAACCCCAUGCAGUCUUGAUGUCUGAAAAGUGAUUGUCUGAAAAAAGUUUUGAUCUUUAAUAAAUAGUUUUAUUUUCUGUGUUUUCUGGGACUUUUAUCUUGCAGGAUUAAAUCACAGUUUAUCUGUGUCUUAUGUAUCUUUGUUUAUCAAGAUCAGUUGAAUCAGUCAUUCUUGAAAAUCUUGGUUUUUUUUUUUUUUUUUUUUUUUUUUUUUAUAUAUAAUUUCUGGAGGCUUUCUGAUUGUAUGUUUGGUGGCAUCUCUGGUUUAGAUUGAUUCAGCAAAUCAGGGAUUUUAUGAUUUAUGUAUAAAUUGCGGUGCUUUAUGAAUAAGUCGAAAUCGAAUUUUAUGAAUUUGAUUAGAUUUUAUGCAUAUAAUAUAUGUGGAGUGCUGCUUUGAGUUUUCUGAAUCAUCAAAUAACAAAAGAUCAAUAUGGUGCAGUUGUCAAUACUUUCCUUUUCAUCCAAGUUCUCUUUCUCCAAGUGAGGGGGCCAAAAAAAAGGAAUCUUUGUUAGGGGGGGGUGAAAUUUAUGCUUUCUUUUUCGAAGCAACGUUUCCCAAAACUUCAAACAGAAUCUCUCUGAACUUUUUCCGUUCGAUAGAAGCGAUUAAUGGGCUCCCCUGGUGCUGACAUUUCAUGGCCAUCCUCUGUAAUCGAAUCUUUCGAUCGAUCCUUUGAUAUAAACAUAGAAGAAGGAAAUUCGUCGGAUAUUUCAUAUUUUCUCGAAGAUAAAAUGCCUUCUCCAAAUAACCAUCACAAUAUUCCUAAACCACCUCCAUUACCUAGAAAAAAGUUGAAUAGAGGACUUCCAAAGCAUUGCUUUGUUCCAAAGGAAACAAGAGAUGUAUGGGAGAAGCUCUUCAAAGAAGGAUAUGGAGCCGACGUGCACGUUAUUACCGAAAACGGGUCGAUUAUUCCAGCUCAUCUUAGUAUUCUGAGUGUUGCAUCACCGGUUAUAGGGAAUCUUCUGCAGCAAUCGAAAGUCAAGAACGGUGUUAGAUUUAUACGGAUUCUUGGGGUACCCUAUGAUGCCGUUUGUACUUUCAUCCGUUUCCUUUAUUCAUCUUGUUACGAAGAAGAGGAGAUGAAUAAAUUUGUUCUCCAUUUACUAGUUUUAUCACACUCGUAUACUGUACCGUCUCUCAAAAGAAUCUGCGAGUACAUUCUAGAACAAGGGUGGUUGAAUAACGAAAACGUUGUCGACGUACUUCAAUUAGCUAAAAACUGCGAUACACCAAGACUAGCCCUUUUUUGUCUCCGUAUAAUAAUGAAUGACCUCAAAUCCAUCUCCAAAACCGAAGCAUGGAAAUUCAUGAAACGUGAUAACCCUUCUCUCGAACAAGAGCUACUAGAAUCAGUCGUCGAAGCAGAUUCCAGAAAACAAGAAAGGAUGAAGAAAAUCGAGGAGAGAAAAGUGUACCUACAGCUACACGAGGCAAUGGAGGCUUUGCUCCACAUAUGUAGAGAAGGGUGUAGAACAAUCGGGCCCCGCGAUAAAGUGCUCAAAGGAAGCUCGAUUCCUUGUGGUUUUCCUGCAUGCAAAGGGCUCGAAACUCUUAUUCGACAUUUCUAUGUGUGCAAGACUAAAGUGCCAGGUGGAUGCGUGCAUUGUAAGCGCAUGUGGCAGCUUUUAGAACUUCAUUCUCGUAUGUGUAAUGAACCGGAAACAUGCAAGGUCCCUCUUUGUAGGCAUUUUAAGGUGAAAAUGGAGCAUCUGAGUAAGAAAGAAGAGGUAAAGUGGAAGCUUUUGGUGAGGAAAGUGGUUGCGGUGAAGAAUGCGCAGAAGUUGUUUUCACCGCGGAGGUUGUGAUCAACUUUGAAGUAAAUCACAAAUGCAAAUUAAAUGUUGUUCGAAGUGAUUUAAAAUGGGUGUAUUUGGGGGGAGUUAUAUGCUGCACCGGGUUAUUUACACCGGGUAUUUGUUAACCGUAGAUCAGGUUAAAUAACCACCCACUAAGCACACAUACACAUGGGUGUGUGAGUGUGAUUAUGUGUAGAUCUACGGUUAAUAAUCGUCCGGUGUUAAUAACCAGAUGUAGCAUAGAAUUUCCUCUGUACUUGGCCUAUAUUUUAGUUGGCCUUAUUUACAUUGGGAAACUGUGUACAAAAAUCAGAUGAAAAGAAAAGAAAAUGUAUAGUUGAAUAAAAGUUGCAAUAUAAUUAAUGUUUAAUUAUGUUA